AGUACCUUAGACUGCAAGGUUUCAGUCUGGGGUGAACGAGUUGUAUAACAGAGUGCAAGAUGUUUGCUUCCCCCUGCAAUCUGCUAACAGGAUCAUUCUGUGCAGCUGUUUAAUAUUAGCUACCUGCCGCUGCCAAUUACGUUUUUUGCAUUGUUUUUCUGCCUUUCGCCGCCUACGUUAUCUGUCAGUCAGCUGCUUCUACAGCUUAAUUGGGAAACAGGGUGUGGUUUCUUACUGACAACUGACGUCUGUCCGGAGUUACCUGGGUAUAAAUUAUCUUUUUCUUUUUCUUUUUUUAAAAGUAGGCAGGGAACCGGCUUUGAAACACCCAGAAACGGCUUCCAGAACCUGACAGGUUACAACCCAGAUUGAUUUUAUCCUGUAAAUAUUUUCCCUCUUGCUUUCAUGAGCAAGUAAAGUCAGAGGAUGCUGCCUCCAUCUUCUACCAUGGGGGAACAGACGACCUAAGCUUGGUCGCCACCCAGAAUUCCUCCCAGUAGGUGGGAGUUUAGUUUGGACAGUGAUGGCGCUGACAUGCGGAAUCAAGCACCCUUGGCAAUGAGUAGGAAAGUGAGCCUCAUCGAGGGAAUGUAAUCUUUCUGCAGGAUGGAAGCACUGGUGAAAGUAGUUCAAUCGGAUACCCAGCCAUUGACAGCCAGCCCAGAUAUCUGUGCCAAGGAAGGUUACGGCUAUGCAGAGGACCAGGGGUCUCCUAUGCCAGGGGAAACAGCCAGUCCCAAAAGCUAUUUUCAACAGAGCCCAUCUUUACCAGCUUCUGGAUUAACCGAACUCAGCAGUGUGGAAUCCAGCACCUGGGAUACAUCUCCAGCUAAGGUUCAGGAGCUGCCUGCCAGGAAAGGUUCAGCAUUGACUGUGGGUGCCCCUCAGAAGCAGUAUGUGGGCGUGAGGGUAAAAAUGCCGGUGUGUGAACUGCUGAGAAAAAUCCGUCUCUCCAAAGGGACAGAGUCCAGUGACGUCAGGGAAACACCUGCAAAAGCAAAUACCAAAAGAUCUUCAGGAAGAGCAGGGAAAAAAAGAGCUCGCUCAGAAAGGCAUGACAAGCAAAACUGCUGUCAGGCUCAGACAGCCUUAAAAAGCACGGAGGACUUGGACAUCCUAGUCGAAGUACUUCAGGAAGACCUGAACAAGAGCCACUCCAAACUAGAGCCUCAGUUGCCUAUGCAGUUCCCACAUGGCACAACCCAAGGAUUUCAGUCUCCCUGGUGGGAAACCAACGGCAACUCGCAACCAGAUGGCAACUGGCUGACAAGCAGCUGGGAGCCUGUUGGAUUUCAGCCAUUGUCUGCUUCAGGCACAUUGCCUCACCCACGUGCUGAAAUUUCCUAUGGAUUUGAUUGCAGAAAGACGCAACAACGCCUGGAUCUUAUCGACACGUUCCAGAAUACCUGCGUGGAAGAAAGAUGCUGGCUGGGGAAUGGGUCUGGUGAACAUCCUGGGGAGAGUUCCCAAGGCUUUGCCAAGGAGAUUAGGCCUCACUGCCACGACCCACUGGGGCAGGCUUUGCCAGAGACUUGGGAAGAGGACACUGCUGCCUUGCAUGGCAGGGGAUGUCUGAAGGCAAGUGCGUGGUCUUCCAUGGGGCAGGAGGCUCCUGCCAUUUCUUUCUUCCAAUUCCAGCUCUGCCGCGAGGAGAGUCGGCUCAGGGGCAUCUCGGUGGACAAGUUGCUCAUGCCGGAUAGAAAUGGGAACAGGCUUCUUCACAAUGCUGUUUCUCAGGGGAGAAGGGCGCUGGCAUAUGCACUGGCAAGGAGGUUUGCACAUCUCAACAGACUUGAUGGGAAGAACGCAGCGAAACAGACUGCGUUGCACAUAGCAGCUCAAAAGAACCACCAUCUUAUUGCCAGCGACCUGCUGUCUCUGGGGGCUGAUGUAAACGCGAGGGACAGCUCAGAGAAGACUCCCUUGCACCUCUGUGCUGAGAAGGGUUAUCUGAGAGUCUUGGAAGUCUUGAGAAGCUGUCAGGAAGUUGGCAUCCACGUUGAAGUAGACGCAACCGACAAUCAGGGCUUAACGCCAAUACAGUGCGCUGGUUUGGCUCACUGCACUCUCGCGAUGGACUCGGACAGCCGCCAUCUCUUGGCUGAGACAUGGAAGCUUCUGAACCUCCGUAAGGAUCAGAUACUGAGUGGUAUCAAGUGCUUGAUACAAAUGGGAGCCAACCCAUGGGAGCAAGGAACAAACUCAUCAAGUCGAGUUUCAAAUUAUUUUGCAAAAGUCCAGCAAAAUAGUGAACUGAUGCGUUUUUUCCAAACUCACAGGCCCCAAAGGCAGCAGGAUUACAGCUUGCUCUCUGGACUAGAUGAAAUCGCCCUUCUGUAUUUGCAAGGAGAAGAUGUGGAGCCACCAAUGGUUUCUUUUCCAAGUUUCCUCGACCAUUCCCAUGAAGGUGCAAUGUAAACAGGACACCUAAGCACACCAGGAAGCAAUGGACUUCCUAGAACACUGGUUGCUGAUACAUCAGAUGUGUUUCAGGCUUUGUAUACUUGAUGAUCUGAAGCCUGCGGAAUGCCUCGAUGGACUUCAAGAAACCUGGAGUGCCAUUUCUGCCAGGCUGUUGGCGGAAGAACAGCUUGAGAAUAGACAGUAAAAGUCUUUGAACCUGUGAAGGCUUGGGCUUUGCUGGAUUCAUGUCCUCAGAAAAAUUGUAGUGGAGGAGCACUGAAGAUUAUAGAUGGCAAAGGCUGGCUCUAUUUCCUCAAGCCGUAUGUGUCAAGAUAGAGAAGCUCUGAGGUCUUCUCCCCUGCCUUAAAUGACCUUGCUCUCAAAAUAUCGAGUGCAAGAGAAGAUGCUCCUUAAUGGAUGGUGGUCCAUGG